UGCUUCAUCUGUCCACUGGUGAAUCUGCCUUCUUCAUUUCUCCUUCAGAGACUCGUUCAAACCUCGCUCCGCUCAUCAGAUCGCUGAAGGUCUGUUCAUCAGUGUUCCAGUCCCAUCAGCUCCUCUGUGUGUGUGUGUGUGUGUGUGUGUCUGAUGGUCUGACCGUGAGUCAGUGAGUAUAAUCGCACCGUAUUUAGCGUUUGGACUCAGACGUGUGUCUUCAUGCGUCCCGUGUCCUUGCGCACGUGAUCGAGCUCUGAUCCUCUUUAAGCACGGAAGCAGACAGACGGGAUUGUUGUUGAACAUGGAUUUAUCGGCGCUGCUCCACAUUCACUCCAAUCACUUCAUGUUCCUGCUGUUUCCUGGAGAGAGAAACUCAAUCAGUCGUGCUGUUCAUCAUAAACCAGUCCAAAUCUGCAGCUCACACGACAAAAACAUGAACUAGAAUUAAGAUGAUGAGAAUCCUGUCAUUUAUUGUCCCAGUGAAACAGGAUAAACCAGUGUUUCAGAUCAUUUCAUACAUGCACAGAUACAUGCAUUCAGUGACGGUUUAGUAAAAAAUAAUGUUUUUGAGAUUAACUUUUAAAUAUGUUAAUAUGAUAGUUAUUUUUGAUGAUUUUAUCCUAAUUUAGUCCAUUAGUUCAUUCAUUCCCUGGGAAUUAAACCCAUGACUUUUAAUUUUUAAGACUUUUUAUUUAUUAUUAUUUAUAAUGUUAAUUAAAUGCCAAGUAUAAGUUAUUUCAUAGAAUCAGCCAGAAUUUCUGAUGCUGUUAUUUCAUGCAUGGAUGGAGAAUGAAGCUGUAAUGAAAUGCAUGAAUAUGUGUCUGUAUGAUUAUAAAUGUGCAGCAUUGACACAAUGAGAGAUUAUGAUUGUCUUAAUUAAACUCUGAGCUAACGAACAUACGGCGCACCGAAUAUUACUCACACAUCAGCAGCUCUGUCUGAUAAUGUGUCAGUUUUCAUUUCAUUAUUUCAUCUGAUUCUCUGGAGUGAAACAAUGUUUCCUCUUUGAUUUAAAGUGUUUGUCAUCUUCCUUUAAACUAAAUGACACUUGAUGUCUGAUGAAGACCAAACGCUCUCUAAGAAACUGCAUGUUGGCAGAAUAUUUAAAGUUUUAAGCAUAAACCUCAAAACGUUUGUGUGAAUGAGUCCGCAUCAGAUCCGCUUCAGUUCACACAGACUGUUUUCACACUGAAUGCUGUUUUCUCUCGUUUUAAUGCUGUUUUACAGGGAAAGGACAUGAAUGAAGAGCAACAAACACCUCAGAUCAGCGACACAAGCUCUUGAGACGCUUACAGACUGUAAUCUGUCAUGACAUCAUGAGUGUGUGUGGAUUAAGGAGCUGAUCUGAGGUGUGAAGCGCAUGCGUGUGUGUGUGUUUGUCUGUAGAUCAGGAGUUUGUGUCUCAGUCUCUGUUGUUGUGAGGUGAUGGAGGUGCUGAUGGAGCCCUGUGACGGAGCCGCACAGAGAGACGUGUUCAGCGGCGAGUGUCUGCUGCCGCCCGACACAGACUUCAUGAUCGAUGAGCAGAGUUCUCACGCCAGCGGGAUGGAGGUGAUCGAUCGCCUCACGUUCCUGGAGCAGCGCGUUCAGAUGCAGGACGACGAGAUCCAGCUGCUGAAGAUCAACAUGGCCGACGUUCUGAAGAGACUCAACAUCUCAGAGGAGCACAGGAGAACACCGGCCAAAGCGGCUCGUCCCGCGUCUCUGUGUCUGCCUCCUAAAGCGCCGAUCGGCUCCUCAUCCUCGUCUCUGAGGAAGAGCUCCAGCUCCACGCUGCCCUCUUCACCCUCCUCCAGGAACUACAGCCCCGCGCCCGCCGCAAAGAGGUCUCCUGCUGGAAACACUAGAGACACUCUGAGCGCUAAAGUAAAGACGAGCUCGAGCUCCUGCAGGAAAGCGCUGGAGAUCAAACCAAAGGAAACCAGCGCAGGAAAAACAGGCUCCAGACGCGUCAUUCACUGCAAAGUGACUAUGCAGAUCUAUCUGAUGCCGCUGUCAGGAAGGACUGGGUCGGCUGAGCCGGUGCCGGUGGUGUCGUCCGUGUCUCUGCGGUCCGGCUCGAGUCCGUUGAGCGGAUCUGCAGUGGAAACCCGUAAAACAGUCGUCCAGAAGAGCUCCGGUCAGAAGGCCUCGCUCCGGGACGCCCCGAACCACAAGACCCCCAUCAAAUCCCCCAGUCAAUACUUCCAGAUCUGUUACUGAAGUACCGAAUCACUCACACAAUCACCCACAUCCUUCCUGUUACACUCACUCUCAUUCCCUCAGUAUUAGUGAUUGUGGAGAAUAACACUUCCUCCAGUGUAAAAGUCCAUCUCCUGUUGUCUCUCACAUCAAACUCCAGCCACAUAUUUGUUUAGAGCUGUUUGGUUUGUAAACGCUGCUUGAUCUGUGCAGAUUUCUCUCCUGAUUCAGACCAGACCACUUUUUCACUGGAGGAAGUGUUAUUAUGGAUUACGGACUCAUAUUUUAGUUAAAAACGUCUUGAUGAUUGAUUUGUUUCUUAG